UCUUUCUUUUUUCUACGUCGUUUUUCCCUGUUCUUUAAAUGACUUUACGUGUAUUUGUCUUACCUUUGUGGUGUGCUGCAUCCCCUUCCUGCCGCUCGGGGAGGCUGCUCCUUUACAAAACGGAUUUCGUGUUAUUGUUUUGGUUGGGUUGAAACGAGAAUAGCAUGUCUAGUUCGACUCCAAUACGAUCACCGACCGUGCAGUCUAACAGCAAGAUGAAAAAGGAGGAGUCGUUCCUGGGCAAGUUGGGAGGCACCUUAGUGAGGAAGAAAAAAUACAAAGAAGUGAGCGACCUGCACGAAGAGGGAAAGAAUGCCAUCAACUCUCCUCUCCAGCCCUCCAGCAUAGACAUCCACCCGGAGGACACCAUGCUCGAAGAGAACGCAGAAAGAAGUAUGAUUGACCCCACCUCAAAAGAAGAUCCCAAGUUUAAAGAACUGCUUCGGGUUUUGAUUGACUGGAUUAAUAACGAGCUGGAGGAAGACAGAAUCAUCGUGAAGGACCUGGAGGAGGAUCUGUAUGAUGGACAGGUGUUGCAGAAGCUGUUUGAGAAGCUCUCGGGGUGCAAGCUGAACGUAGCUGAAGUGACCCAGUCGGAAAUCGGUCAGAAGCAGAAGCUGCAGACGGUUCUGGAGGCCGUGAACGAGCUGCUGCGUCCCAACGGCUGGUCCAUUGAGUGGAGCGUGGAUUCUAUCCACUGUAAAAACCUGAUCUCUAUCGUGUACCUCCUGGUGGGUCUGGCCAUGCAUUUCCAGGCUCCCAUCCGACUCCCAGAGCGCGUUUCUGUGCAGCUGGUCGUUGUGAAGAAAAGAGAAGGCCUGCUUCAGUCAUCGCAUGUCACCAAGGAGCUCACCACCACUACAGAGAUGAUGAUGGGGAGAUUUGAAAGAGAUGCUUUUGAUACUCUGCUUGACCAUGCUCCUGAUAAACUCAGCGUUGUUAAAAAGUCUCUUAUCACCUUUGUGAACAAGCACCUAAACAAACUGAACCUGGAGGUGACCGAGCUGGAGACACAGUUUGCAGAUGGGGUAUACCUGGUUUUGCUGAUGGGAUUGCUGGAGGAUUACUUUGUCCCCCUGCACAACUUCUUUUUGACUCCGGAGAGUUUUGAGCAGAAGGUUCUUAAUGUUUCCUUUGCCUUUGAGCUGAUGCAGGACGGAGGGCUGAAGAAACCUAAAGUACGCCCUGAAGUUUCAGAAAGAAUGGAUCUGGACUAUUCUGAAAUCUUUGCCCAGGCUUCCAUAGAAACCAAACCUUCAGAAGAUAUUAAAGGUUUUUUAGGUGAAAAAAGAAAGAUAAUUCAGCCCCAGUCCCUAAGGGAUCCAAAACUUGAAGAACUAAAAACGUUUCUGAUUGACUGGAUCAAUGGAUCCCUGCACCAGGAGCACAUUGUGGUGAAGAGCCUGGAGGAGGAUCUUUUCGAUGGGCUCAUACUGCAUCACCUCCUCGCAAGAUUAGGGGAUGUUAAAUUGGAUGUAGAAGAAAUAGCCCUGACUGCCACUGCUCAGAAACGCAAGCUCUGUGUUGUAAUGGACGCCCUGAAGCAGAAGCUGAGGCUGCCAGAGGAAGCCAUGCAGAAGUGGAGUGUGGAGUUAAUCCAUAGCCGGGAUUUGCUGGCUACCUUGCAUCUCUUGGUUGCCAUGGCAAAGCAUUUCAAACCAGAGCUGGAGCUGCCGGCCAGUGUGUCUGUGGAAGUGCUUCUCCUGGAGGUUAGCAAAAAUGGAAUCAAGUCAGAAAAAAUGAUUGAAUACAUUACAGACCAAGGUGUUGUUGCCGAAGAGGACACGAGUAAUCCUAUGGAUGAGCUGCUAAAACUGGGAGCACAGAAAGUGAACACGGUGAAGCAGGCUAUUUUGCACUUUGUGAACAAGAACCUGUUCAACCUGGGGUUAUCAGUGAGCAGCAUGGACAGCCAGUUUUCUGAUGGAGUGAUUCUGAUUUUACUGAUCGGGCAGCUGAACGGCUAUUUUGUUCAUCUCAACGACUUCUGUUUCAGUCCAACCACCACCUCAGAAAUGCUCCAGAAUGUGUCUCUAGCGCUGGAGCUGUUAAAGGAUCAGGGGCUGCUGCAGCAUCCCGUCGCCCCCGAAGUAGAUAUCGUUUCCCAGGAUGUGAAAGCAACUCUGAGUGUUCUGUACGCCUUGUUUAAAAAAUACAAGAACAAGGGCAGAGCUGAGGAUUCAUGAUACAAUCAUAGAAGUGCUGCAGACAGCCCCAGUCACCGGAGUGGAGCGGAUUGGAAAUACAUUCAGAAACAUUUUAAACACGGGUACCUUGGGUCCUCAGAAAAGGAACUGCUUCAGUGAACCACACCAUAGCUUACAGAGAUCAAGCCUGCAUGCACAAAGCUGCACUGGGAGCCUUCGCUGACGUGAACCUGGAAAUAAUCGCUGCAAAUUCUAUAUAUAAAAGAAGAGUCCUUACCUGAUUGGACUAGUUUCAAGAGCGUUCUUGCUGUCAUAAACCAAACCUUUUUAUUUCUAUUUAACUAUGGUCAUUGUUCCGUGUUUUUAAAUGUAAUACCUGUAUAUACAUUUAGUUUAAACACAUACAAAAAAACUUUAAUAUAAACAUUGUUUCUAUUUA